AUGGAAGGGCUGGCGCAGUGCGAACGGCGGGUGGUGGGCAUCGAGAACAGCGGGAACACGUGCUACUGCAACGCGGUGCUGCAGGUGCUGUUUUCCGCGCGCCAGUUCUGUCUCUGGUUUCUGCACAACGACGCAAACCGCAGAUUCUCGCCAGAUCUUCGUUCGCGCUUUCGGGGGCGGCUUUGCGCGGCGUGGGUGAAGCUGCUGCGUCAGGUGUAUGGGCAGCUCGCGGCUGCGCGCAGCCCGCCGCGGCUCAACUGCAGUUCACUUUUGAGCAUUCUGCGCGCCGAGCACCCCGAGUUCGCGAUCAACCGGCAAAACGACGCGCACGAGUUCUUGCGAACCUUUUUAGACGGGCUUUCCGCGGACUGCAACCGAAUUAGCCGCCCCGCGCGCCGCAUUCAACUUGAAGACCGCCCCGGCGAGCAGCUGCAGCGCGGCAGCGACCGCUUCUGGAAAGCCAGCCUUGCCGACGAACAGUCCGUCGUCACGGACUUGUUUGCCGGCCAACAUGCAACAAUUAUAACUUGCAAAACUUGCAAAAACGUCCGCCACAGGUUCGACAACUUCCUCGACCUCCCCGUCGAGUUCAGCCAGCAGGAGGCCCCCGGCGCCGAAACCCUCGAGAAGAUGAUCGUCAAGUCCUACUCCGGCGCGGGCGAACACCGGGAGCUGGACUGUCCCUUUUGCAAGUCGCGGCAAGAAGCAGAAGUGCAGCAGUUUCUCUAUCGGCUGCCUUGCGAAUAUUUGGUAAUAAACGUAAAGCGCUUUCGCUGGGACGCGGCCGUGGGGUGUCUAGACAGAGUAGACACCAAACUCGAACUUCCCCCCGACGGAGCCCUCCACAUGUCCCAGUACUGCCCCCUCUCAGGCAAGCCAAACCCUCAUUUAGGAGCCGCAGUUGUGGGGAACCAGUGGUGCUGCUUCAGCGACGAUUACACCAGCAAAAUGUCGGCGCUGCCGGACGGGCGUUCUGUCUAUUUGCUGCUCUUCAGAAGGGCGCACACCUACAUUCCCCAGGGCCUCGACUGCGUCUCCAUUUCUUCCUUUUGUCUUUCUGCUGCUUCUUUGAUGGAAAGAGAAAAGACAAAUAGACAAACAGAAGCAGCUUGGGCUUCUUUGGCGAAGCCAGUUGCAUGCAGCAGCAGCAGCAGCAGCAGCAGCAGCAACUUGCUGCUCCCCCGCAACUGCGCCAGGCCGCUCGCCGCACCACCUUCGCUCCCCCGGUCCUCCGGCAGCAGCAACCCCUGCAGCAGCAGCAGCAACAUGGGCAGCAGCAGCAGCAGCAGCAGCAGCGUGGACUCGCUGCAGCGGCUGUCUUAUAAAGCAGCAGUUAACGGCAGCAUACAUAACUGCAGCAGAGGCGCCCGCAGGGCAACAGUGCCCCCUGGAGCAGCAGCAAAUGCAGACCGCAGCAUCAACCGCAGCUCCUUUGCUGCAGCAGCAGUUGGUGCUGCUGCUGCAGUGCACCCCAUGCGCCUCCAGCAGCACCUGCAGCAGCAGCAGCACCUGCAGCAGCAGCAGCAGCAGCAACUCCGGCGGAGACAAAGUGCAGCAGCAGCUGCAGCCUCCUCCCCCUCCCCUUUUGAGUCUCCAGACUCAAACUCCGAAAAAAGGCUAAAUGAAUAUGGAAGCAGCAGCAACGGGCAGCAGCAGCUAACUCACCCAGCAGCAGCAGCAGCAGCAGCAGCGGGAAGAGCGCCUGCUAAUGGGCAGCAGCUGUAUCGGGGGCUCUCGCGGCUUUCUUUAGAGGCCAACGACAGUCCCGUUGUUGCUGCUGCAGCAAAAGCAGCAGCAGCAGCAACAGCAGCGGCGCAACACAGUCGCCGGCGCCCUCCCUCGCCUUACCCGUACAGCGGGGUAGAGCUGGGGAGCCAAAUGCAGCAGCAGCAGCAGCAGCAGCAGCUGCAGCAGCUGCAGCAGCAGCAGCAACUGCUGCAGCAGCAGAGAUCUGCUGCUGCUUCCCACUUCUGCCGCCCCUCUCCGCUGCAGUGGCGGCGGAGGGCCCCUUCUUCAGACCCGCAGCUGAGUCCCAGCCAGCUGGCCCUCAGGAGCUUGCAGCAGCAGCAGCAGCAACAGCAGCAGCGGCUGCUGCUGCUUCAGCGAGAGCAGCAGCAGCAGCAGCAGCAGCGUCUGCAGGAGCAGCAUCAGCAGCUGCUGCUGCAGCAACGUGCCUUUGGCCCUGCCACGGCGGCGGACAGAAGCAGCAGCAGCAACAGAAGCAGCAGCUGCAGCAGCAGCAGCAGCAGCAGUGGGGGCUUCUCGGGUCUCUUUCCCCGGCUUGCUUCUCUCAAAAGAGCAGCAGCAGCAAAAGCAGCACAAAGAGAAGUGCUGCUGCCGCUGCCUAUACACCCCAUGCCCCUCAGAGCUGCGGUGUCUGUACACCAGGACCAAAGCAGCACGAAAGAAUCCCCGGAAAUCAAAUGA